AUGAUGACAACUCUGUACUUUCUAUGGCUUUUCUUGAUUCCCUUGUUUCAAAUCUUAUCAGGAUAUCACAUUUUCUUGGUUUCCUCUCAAUGUCUUCACGAUCAAAAGUCGUUGUUGCUGCAGUUGAAGGGCAGCCUUCAGUAUGAUUCUACUUUGUCAAAUAAAUUAGCAAAAUGGAAUCAGAAGACAAGUGAAUGUUGCAAUUGGGAUGGGGUUACAUGCGAUCUCUCUGGUCAUGAGAUUGCCUUGGAACUGGAUAAUCAGACUAUUUCUGGUGGAAUUGAGAAUUCAAGUUCUCUUUUCAGUCUCCAGUAUCUUGAGAAGCUAAAUUUGGCUUACAACAGGUUCAGUGUUGGCAUACCAGUUGGUAUAGGCAACCUCACGAACUUGAAGUACCUGAAUUUAUCCAAUGCUGGUUUUGUCGGGCAAAUUCCUAUGUCGUUAUCAAGAUUAAAAAGGCUAGUUACUCUUGAUCUCUCAACUCUUUUCCCUGACUUUGAUCAUCCACUUAAACUUGAGAAUCCCAAUUUGAGACAUUUCAUUGAGAACUCAACAGAGCUUAGAGAGCUUUACCUUGAUGGGGUUGAUCUUUCAUCUCAGAGGACUGAGUGGUGUCAAUCUUUAUCUUCAUAUUUGCCUAACUUGACCGUCUUGAGCUUGCGUGAUUGUCAAAUUUCAGGCCCUAUUGAUGAAUCACUUUCUAAGCUUCUCUUUCUCUCUGUCAUCCGUCUUGAUCAGAACGAUCUCUCUACCACAGUUCCUGAAUAUUUUGCCAAUUUCUCGAACAUGACUACCUUGACCCUCUCCUCUUGUCAUCUGCAAGGAAAAUUUCCUGAAAGAAUCUUUCAGGUACCAGUCUUAGAGAGUUUGGACUUGUCAAAUAACAAGUUGCUUCGUGGUAGUAUUCCGAUUUUUCUUCGAAAUGGAUCUUUGAGUACGAUAUCAGUAAGCUACACAAACUUUUCGGGUUCGGUACCAGAGUCCAUUUCGAACCUUCAGAACCUGUCCAGGUUAGAGCUCUCCAAUUGCGGUUUCAGUGGACCAAUACCUUCCACAAUGCCAAACCUAACGAAUCUUGUUUAUUUGGACUUCUCCUUUAACAACUUCACUGGGUUUAUCCCAUAUUUCCGACAGUCCAAGAAACUCACCUACUUAGACCUUUCACAUAAUGAUCUAACUGGUCUCUUGUCUAGAGCUCAUUUUGAAGGACUCUCAGAGCUUGUCUACAUAAAUUUAGGGAAAAAUUUACUCAACGGGAACCUUCCUGAAUAUAUAUUUGAGCUCCCCUCCUUGCAGCAGCUUUUUCUUAACAGCAAUCAAUUUGUUGGCCAGGUUGACGAAUUCCGCAAUGCAUCCUCCUCUCUGUUGGAUACAAUUGAUUUGGAAAACAACCACCUGAAUGGAUCAAUUCCCAAGUCCAUGUUUGAAAUUGGGAUGCUUAAGGUCCUCUCACUUUCUUCCAACUUCUUUAGUGGGACAGUGACCCUUGAUCUCAUUGGGAGGCUGAGCAAACUUUCAAGACUGGAGCUUUCUUACAAUAACUUGACUGUUGAUGCAAGUAGAAACAAUUCAACCUCUUUCACAUUUCCCCAGUUGAGUACAUUGAAACUAGCUUCUUCUCGACUGCAAAAGUUCCCUGAUCUCAAGAAUAAGUCAAGGGUGAUCCACUUAGACCUUUCAGACAACCAAAUACGGGGGGCAAUACCAAAUUGGAUUUGGGGAAUUGGUGGUGGAGAUGACGUUCACUUGAAUCUUUCCUUCAAUCAGCUGGAGUACAUGGAACAGCCUUACAAUGUUUCCAGCAAUUUUGUAGUCCUUGACUUGCAUUCCAACCUUAUAAAAGGUGACCUACUAAUUCCACCUUACCCUGCCAUCAUUUUGGACUACUCGAGCAAUAAUUUCAGCAAUUCCAUUCCAACAGAUAUUGGAAAUUCUCUUGCUUUUGCCUCCUUUUUCUCAGUAGCAAACAAUAGAAUCACUGGAAUAAUUCCUGAAUCCAUAUGCAAUGUCAGCUACCUUCAAGUUCUUGAUUUCUCGAACAAUACCUUGAGUGGAACAAUACCACCAUGCCUACUGAAUAAUAGUACAACUCUUGGAGUGCUGAAUCUAGGGAACAACAGUCUGAAUGGUGUUAUACCAGAUUCAUUUCCAAUUGGUUGUGCUCUAACAACUUUAGACCUCAGUAGGAAUACCUUUGAAGGGAAGUUACCAAAAUCACUUGUGAACUGCAAGUUGUUGGAGGUCCUGAAUGUUGGAAAUAACAAACUUGUUGAUUGUUUUCCAUGCAUGUUGAGGAACUCAAACAGUCUGAGAGUCCUAGUUUUGCGCUCCAAUCAAUUCAAUGGACGUGUUCAUUGUGAUGCAACCAGAAAUAGCUGGCGAACUCUCCAGAUCAUAGAUAUAGCUUCCAACAACUUCACUGGUGUGUUGAAUGCAGAAUUCUUUUCAAAUUGGAGAGGAAUGAUGGUUGCUGAUGAUUACGUGGAGACAGGACGCAAUCAUAUUCAGUAUAAGUUCCUCCAACUAAGUAACUUAUACUAUCAGGACACAGUAACAAUAACCAACAAAAGGGUGGAGAUGAAGCUUGUGAAAAUUCUCAGAGUCUACACAUCUAUUGAUUUCUCUUCAAAUAGAUUUCAAGGAGUGAUACCAGAUACUAUCGGGAAUCUCAGCUCACUUUAUGUUCUGAACCUGUCAUACAAUGCCCUCAAGGGACCAAUUCCAAAAUCAAUUGGGAAGCUACAAAAGCUUGAAUCACUAGACCUGUCAACAAACCACCUGUCCGGGGAGAUCCCCUCAGAGCUUGCAAGUCUCACAUUCUUAGCAGCUUUGAACUUAUCGUUCAACAAAUUGUUUGGCAAAAUCCCAUCGACUAAUCAAUUUCAAACAUUCUCAGCAGAUUCCUUUGAAGGAAACAGAGGCCUAUGCGGGUUCCCUCUCAACAACAAUUGUGAAAGCAAUGGCUCAGAGUCCCUCUCCCUUCUGCCACCAACUUCGGUACCAGAAUCAGACUCAGAUUAUGAAUGGAAGUUCAUUUUUGCAGCUGUUGGAUACGUAGUAGGGGCAGCAAACACCAUUUCACUUCUGUGGUUUUACGAGCCAGUGAAGAAAUGGUUUGAUAAGCAUACGGAGAAAUGCUUGCUUUGGUUUUCAAGAAAGUGAACCUUAAACCAUUAAGUGAUCGUUUGUAUUGAUUAGUAUGAGAUACACGUGGGUUAUGUGUCCAGACACUAAUUUCUUAAAUACAUGAAAACUAC